UUAGCGGAGUUCCGACCCAGAGCGCUAAAAAGAGCUGUGGCCGCGGCAAGGUGAUUAUAACUAGUACUCCACACGUCUCGACCCCAGAGCUGUUAUCUAAGCAUUCAAGCAACUCCAUGAUCUCGUUGGGAGACUGACAGUUCUGUCUCUGGCGACAGGCGCAUCUGGCUACCCACAAUGCUUGGUCUUGGGGCGUAUGAGAGUAGCAGCGAGGAUGAGGCGCUAGUCACGGCCCCUCAGCCAAAGGUGAAGGAGGCGCCUAAGGAACAGCCCCCUGUCCAACAGCUCGCUGUUUCUCAAGCUCCUACAGCUGCUCUUGCACCCGAACCCGCCGUUGAACCUCCGCCCACCGUCGCGGAGCCUACUGGUCCUGUUGUCGGACCAUUUCAACCUCAGAGCGCACCUAGCCCUCCUCCAGACCGUCCUCGCUCAAGGCAGUCCUCUCCAUUCUCGACAACUCGCGCCCUAAUCCAAGACCUCACUCUACCUCCUGUGCCCAAUCUCGACAUACCACCCUCACCACCUGGAUCGCCGGAUCCUGUCGCAAACAAAAAGUUCGCCCAUUUUCUUGACUUGAAGAAGCAAGGGAUCCAUUUCAAUGAGAAAUUAGCCUCGUCAUCAUCCCUGAAGAAUCCCAGUCUUCUCACCAAGCUACGACAGCAUGUGGGAAUCGAUGAACAGGGGCAAUAUGCGACGUCUCUUCCCCUCGAUAUCUGGGAUCCGUCUGCGUUGCCGGCGUGGGGAUACAAGGAGGAGCUUUUGAAAAGCCAGCAGGAAAUUCGAAGGGCACUGGAGGAAAAGAAAGCGGCAGGGCAGAGAGAAUCCAUCGAGUUCGUCUCUGGUGGGACGCCAUCGGGUUCCAGUCGUGGAGGCACGCCAUCUAGCGGAAGAGGAAAGACUAGUCUGGCCGAAAGAGUCAUGAGUGGAUUGAGUCGAGAUCAUAAUGAUCAGACAGCCUCUCGCCCGCCACGGGGAGGAGAGUCUGGUUCAAAAAGAAGCCAUUCAAGGUCGCCAGCGGGCAGGCGAAAACGCUCACGCUCAAGAUGAUCUCCUAACAAUGGUCAUUCGUUUUCUUUACGCAUUGGCUUUGGGUAUGGCUUAAAAUGGGCACGGGUCUGCGUUUGGCGUUAUGGAAAUGAAAUUUACCAUGUAGAGAAUUACAGGUAGCACAAGCUAUAUACCACAUCCUCGGAGUGUCCAAUCCAUGAUUGCAUCU